AUGACCAAGUCAUCAGCCCAAGUGAGGAGCCGAAGGAAAGAUGACCAGCCUGCAGGAGCCGCUGACAAAGAGGCCACGCCAGGACUGGCAGAAUGCCAAGAUUUUCCCAGCCUGAGACUUUGCUACAUGUUCUUCUUCUGCCUGAGGGAAACUUUCACAAUAUCUGGAGCCCUUGAUGUCCUGCAAAUGAAAGAGGAGGAUAUCCUCAAAUUCCUUGCAGCAGAAACCCACCUAAGUGGCACCAACCUUGACUUCCCAAUAGAACAGUACAUCUACCAAAGGAAAAGUGAUGGCAUCUACAUCAUAAAUCUGAAGAAAGCCUGGGAGAUUUUAAUGGCUGCUCAUGCCAUUGUUGCCAGUGAAAACCCAGCUAAUGUCAGUGUCAUAUCCUCCAGGAAUACUGCUCAGAGAGCUGUGCUGAAGUUUGCUGCUGCCACUGGAGCCACUCCUAUUGCUGGCCGCUUUAUUCCUGGAACCCUCACUAACCAGAUCCAGGUAGCCUUCUGGGAGCCAAGACUUCUGGUGGUUACUGAUCCAAGGGCUGAGCACCAGCCUCUCACAGAGGCCUCUUAUGUUAACCUGCCUACCAUUGCUCUGUGUAACACAGACUCUCCUCUGCAUUACGUGGACAUUGCUAUCCCGUGCAACAACAAGAGAGCUUGCUCAGUGGGUCUGAUAUGGUGGGUGCUUGCCCGGGAAGUUCCACGCAUGUGUGGCACCAUCUCCUGUGAACACCCAGAGGAAGUCAUGCCUGAUCUCUACUGAAGAGAUCCUGAAGAGAUUGAAAAGGAAGAGCAGGCAGCUGCUGAGAAGGAUGUGACCAAGGAGGAAUUUCAGGGUGAAUGGACUGCUCCAGCUCCUGAGUUCACUGCUACUCAACCUGAGGUGGCAGAUUGGUCUGAAGGCCUGCAGGUGCCCUCUGUGCCCAUCCAGCAGUUCCCUACUGAAGACUGGAGUGCUCAGCCUGCCACUGAAGAUUGGUCUGAAGCUCCCACUUCUCAGGCCACUGAAUGGGUAGGAAUGACCACUGAGUGGUCUUAAGUUCUUCCAUAAACUAUUAAAAUAGAAAUGGGUGGAUGGAAAAUAAAGUUUCUAAAAUUGAAGAAAGAAAGAAAGAAAGAAAGAAAGAAAGAAAGAAAGAAAGAAAGAAAGAAAGAAAGAAAGAAAGGAAGGAAGGAAGGAAGGAAGGAAGGAAGGAAGGAAGGAAGGAAGGAAGGAAGGAAGCCUCUGGCCAACCUCCUUGUUCCACUUUGACCAGUCACCUGCCCACAGCCCAAUCCCUCACCUGAGUACACAGCCCUCACUCCAUCUACAUACAGCCUGCCCCUUCAGCUUGACCUCAGAUGGAUCCCCUUAUCUUAUCUUGGGCACAGUCUUGUUCUUGAAUGUACAUCUUAUUUCUUUACCCAGACUGUGUACACCAAUGUCUUCUCAGAUAUUGAAUAUACAAGUGGACAAUGGCCAGACCAUAUAUGACAACAGAACUCUGGCCUAUGAUGAAGCCAAACCCCUGUAGCAAUCAUCCCAGAAUGGUCAGAAAUUGGUCAAUGACUUUCAGCUUCCCUGUUUUUGUAUCUGCUUCCAACUCAGGACCAACUAGAGAAGGGCAAGAAUGUUCCCCAAACUAAUCGCAUAAGAUGCCCCUCUUCUAGUCAGACCCCCUCCAGUUUUCCCAUGACAACCACUUCCAAUCAUAACACACCUGAAGCCUUCCUUUUUUUUUUUUUAACUGUAAUUCUUUCCUACCCCUGCCUGCUUUUGAGUCCCUAACAAAUUCAAGUGAUGGUGGCUGACUACUUUGCUAGAGGAGGCUCUGAAGAAAUGGCUUUGUUCAUUCUCAUUUGGGUGGUCUUCUUUUAUUUCCAUAGUUUUCCUGGAGGUCUCACCAAUAUACUGCCCCUCACAGCAGACCCCAGCUUUUGGCCACGUACAUUAUCUGUAGAUAACAAGGUCCCUUGUAUCUUGCUGCUCACAGAUUGUCAAAUCCACACCAACAGUGUAAAUCAGCAGUAAAGGGAUUUGAACUCCUCCCCCUUUGUUGCUAGCUACUUAUUACUAGGUUAGUGCUAGGUUUUGUUAUUGGUUCCUAUUAGUUCAGCUCCUUGAUGGAAUUAGGCCAUUCUUUUUCAUCUCUUUUGCUCUCUAAUUUGCUUCCACUUGUGUGGUGCUGUCAAAGUUGCUGUUUGUCACAAGAAGAAUCACAGCGCAGAACACAGACACAGUAUUUAGUAUUUAGGCUUUAGGCUUGUUGAUCAAGCCAGCCUCAUAAACCUCCUAGGUGAAUUUGUGCUUCUCAUUCAUACUUGGCUGUGGGUCACCAAUAAAACUGGGUAAUAUUUUUCUUUCAUCCAAAUAUUUUCCCCAGAGACAUUAUUCUCAUUGGCUCUCUGUAGGGAACAAAUUGUCAGCCUUGCAUUUGGAGACAACCAACUGUCAAGCUGAGGGCCCAAGACACAAGAUGCCCAAGCAUCACAUUUCUACCCACCACUGCCAGCUCUCAUGGGGCUGUCUGAGUCCUCUCCUCCUCCAGGAAAAACUCCUAUUUCUUAUAUUAUUUUCAUUAGAAUCCUAAUUCUCUCUCUCUAAAUGGAUUAACUUCACCAGGGAUAAUUAGGACCUUCAAUGGCCGCUCUGGGUAACAUGUGACUUGAACAAAAUCAUUCAUUUGACAAGUGCUUUAGAAAACAAAGGGAAUAAGAUAUUUUGAUCUGUAUGCAGAGGCCUUCAAAGGAAAUUCUGAUUUAAAAAUUGCUUCACUAAAAGAUUUCUUUGGCCAAGUUAAUGAACAUUUUGACAAACUUAGGCACCAACAAAAUAUAUUCAUUUUCCUAGAAAAUCCUCCUUUUCUUUUUCUUCCA